AUGCUUGAUUCACCUACGAAUGCUCGUAGAAGUUGUUCUCUGACCAACGAUUCUGUUCCCCCAAAACGCUACAAGACACCCCAACGACGACCAAAACUCGUUGAAGCUCUCACAGCUCCGCUAGGCUCCGGCACCAACUUACCAGAUGCAGCGUUACGACUCUUUGAGCAUCGUGAAAUGCUUCGAAAGUACAAACUCAUCUUAAACGCCUUGGUAGUGAAGCACACAUAUCUACGAACAAAAAGUGCUGACAAUGUGAUCGCCUUGAUCUCCACCGAUCUGGUUGAAGUUGAACGUCUACUGCGAAAGGCAGCUACAAAGCUGCUCUGGUCCGAUGCAGGUAGGCUUAUGGCAACAUGGACGCAUGCUCCGUUAUUUGAAAGGCGCGAUGGCAAAGCAGAUGGUCUGCUGGAGAGGAAUGGCAACGCCGAGCGGCGUAAUGCGGAAAUCAAAGAAGCGGGCAAAAAAGUGUUUGCCCUUCUGGAGAAUAACCGUCAACUCUUCAGAGCCAGCGCGGACUCAUCGGCAUGGAAUGCUUACGUGAAGGAUGUGGACAGCAUCAUCACCUCAAGCUUCGUGGAGACGAUUCGCUGUUCGCUUGACUUCCUCUUGUCAGAAACUAAUAGCGAGAAUCCAGACCUUCACCCGCUUUUUGAAAUACAAAUGGAUCUCACAAUUUCUGGAAUAAGUUUUGUGCCAGCUCUGGAACAGGGACCCAACUCCACUUUCUUUGAUGUCUGCAAUGCCAUACUGGAGGACAUUUACAAACAGGCUGACCAGAUGACUCGAGUCACCUUAGAGGAUGGUGAAGGUCAAACGUAUGAGGAAGGGAUUAAGAAGAACAUUGAAUUGGAGGAGUUGAGGCAGAUUUUCAUUGAGCGAGUCGAAGCGGCGGUGCAGGGAGCACGGGAAUACAAUGACAGCAUGGAGAGAUUCGCCUACCUCUGGACAGACAACAGAGAGGCAAGCUUAAAAGACUUCCUCAAUGAAGAAAACAACAAUUCUGACGACCUACAUACAACACCUUCAUUGAAGAAGUUCAAGAGAAAGAUAGAAGAAUACGAAGCCAUUUAUUCUGAGGCGCGUUACUAA